AUGGAGAUUGCAAGUGUCUUGGAAAGCAAUGUGAGCAGACGAAAAAGGCUCGAAUCGGAAUGUUAUGAAAGUGCUGUGAGUGUGUUGGGUGAGCGCUUCUGUGCUUCUCGAGAAAAAUGCAUCCCGUCCAUUCUGUCAUAUGAGGAUGCACUUGUGAUACUUAUGACAAAGAAUAAAACAUUCCAUGCUAUUUUGGCCAUUUUGGUUAACUGCUGGAGAGAGAAAGAAAGAAAGAAGUUCCAGUCAAGAAAUGCUCAUCUAGGUUUAACCUGCAUCAAAUGUAAUUCAUUAGUUUAUAAUAGCCAAAAUAUGCAGGCAUUAACUUAUCGAACAACUGAAACAAGCCAUUUACGAAUAUGUUUGUUCACGUUUUCACUUGACUUUCGCAUUAAUGCCAUUAUCGCAUUAAUGCUUGACUCAUCUCCCUUAAUGAUUCAUCUCGUACUUUUGGCUUACUCCUGA